UCACACUGUAGCACUGCCUUCUGCAUCUGGAAAGGUGCUUUCCUCAAAUCCUCACGUGGCUGCCUUUGGAAAUGCUAGGACAACAAGGAAUGACAACAGCAGUCGCUUUGGGAAAUACAUUGAGAUUGGCUUCGAUAAAAGAUACCACGUCAGCGGUGCCAAUAUGAGGACCUAUCUCAUGGAAAAAUCUAGGGUUGUGUUUCAGGCAGAGGAUGAGCGCAACUACCACAUCUUCUAUCAGCUUUGUGCCUUGUCAGGUCUUGAAGAAUUCAGAGACCUCAGACUAACAUGUGCAGAAGACUUUUUCUACACUUGUCAAGGAGGUGACACAUGUAUCGAUGGUGUGGAUGAUGCUGCUGACUUUAAGAAAACCAGGCAUGCCUUCACCCUGCUUGGAGUGAAUAAGUCUCAUGAGAUGACCAUUUUUAGGAUAAUUGCAGCCAUUCUGCACCUAGGGAACUUGGAAAUCCAAGAGGAACAUGGUGGUGAAUCCUGUCACGUGUUGAGUGAGAAUGAGCACUUGAACAUCUUCUGCAACUUGAUGGGCGUGGAACACAGCCAGAUGAAGCACUGGCUGUGCCACCGCAAGCUCGUCACUGCAUCCGAGACCUAUGUGAAGAACAUGACUCGGCCUGAAGUGGAGAACGCCAGGGACGCCCUGGCCAAGCACAUCUAUGCCCAGCUCUUCAAGUGGAUCGUGCAGCGCAUCAACAAGGCCCUGCACACCAGUGUCAAGCAGCAGUCCUUCAUCGGUGUGCUCGAUAUCUACGGGUUUGAAAUGUUUGAACAGAACAGCUUUGAACAGUUCUGUAUCAACUAUGCCAAUGAGAAGCUCCAGCAGCAGUUCAACUUGCAUGUGUUUAAGCUGGAACAAGACGAGUACAUGAAGGAAGAAAUCCCUUGGACUUUCAUAGAUUUCUACGAUAACCAGCCCUGCAUAGACCUUAUAGAGACCAAACUUGGUAUCCUGGACCUGCUGGAUGAAGAGUGCAAGAUGCCCAAGGGCACUGACCGGAACUGGACACAGAAGCUGUACAACCGUCACACUGGCAGCCCACACUUCCAGAAGCCUCGAGCGUCCGGCACCUCCUUCAUCAUCCUGCACUUUGCUGAUAAGGUGAAAUACGAGAGCAUAGGGUUUCUGGAGAAGAACAGGGACACUGUGCAUGAGGAACAGAUCGACAUCCUGAAAACCAGCAAG